AUCUCUGCAAAGAAGUCAGGUUUUACAUUUAAUGAAGCAGAUGUAUAUUCGAAUGAAAACUUCAAAGCUAUUGCAUGGUUAGAUAAUGACGAUUGCUUUAAGAAAAUAUUUAAAUUCAGUGACUCAAAGAUGCCAAUAGAUGACCUUCGUGGAAUGUUACCAUCGACGUUUACAGUUGAAGGUUCAGCAGGAUUGCUUACAAGAUUGUCAAUUGGUGGUAUUUGGUCUCGUGAGAACAUUGUUAUAAAAUCCAGUAUAAGUGAAUUUGCUGAAGAAUCUAUAUUAUGUCUUUCAAACUACAUGUAUUCGCCGCCGAAGCAUUAUAGUAUAACAAACUUUGUCAGUAAGUUUAACAUAAGACUUGUCGAACCUUCUUCAAUGAAAGAUGUUGUGCUACCUAAAGAUGGAAAGGAUGGACUCAUUAUUGAGAUGAUUUUAAUUGCAUAUUAA